AUGUGCUACGUCAGUGCGACCCUCUUCUACGGCGUGUGCAUCAAGACGCACUCGCUGCAACUCGCCGCGCGAGCUUGGCCGACCCUCAAGCGCACCCUCGAAGUCAUCGACCUCCUCCUGGCCAGGAAGCGCAGGGGGUAUCUCCGCGUCAGCAACUCGACAGGCGCUGCGAGCAUUGUCGACUUGACGAACGAGGUUUGGGAGCUGAUCCGCCUGCACACGCGCGACGCCAUCUUCGAGCAGAGCUGCCGGGAGCUCGUCGGAGGAUGCCACUACGCAGCUUCGGGAGACGAUAUUGGCCCAUCGCAGACUGCCACGAUGCGCCACCUUCAGACUUGCGACGACUGCUACGACUACCUCGUCUGUGACGGACGGCUCAGCACAUUCGUUAGCCAGUCUCUGCCGGUGAUUGAGUUUCUCCUCACCGACUUCGGCCUCCGUCUCGUCGGCGACGACAGCUUCACUCACGAAUUGCCGAACGACGCUCCGUUCGAAUUCCUCUCGCACUCUCGCGCGGUCGCUAUCCUUUACUCGGGUGACGAGGGUCUCGGCGAGCCGCGUAUCCGCAGCUGUCCCUGCGCGAACAACAACGGCAAUGGCCAAGGCAACGAGAUUGUCGAGAUUGACCCGCUCAUCUUCCAGCUUCCGCCUGACGCCAACGAGCGCUUCGAAGAUCUCUUCCUCGCCUUUCCGCAACUUGAAGCAGUCUAUGCGCCUUCGAACGAACGAUCACCGCCGAAACGCUCCAGAACUCGCAAGACGGCGCGUCGCAGCCGGCCUUCCGGCACGAUGCGAGGCCGCACCCCGGCGCAGAAGUACCGCGAUCAAUGGAACUACGAACAGGUGUUGAACAGGAAGCCCAGCUCUACGCAUGCGACGCUCGGAGAAACCACCAGUUUUGCCGUCCCGCGAGUAAUCUCUCCUUCCGCAACUUCACUGACCUCCGCUCACACCCAUUCAAACAUGGCUCCCCGCGGUCGCUCUUCUAUCGUGCAGUCCGGUACAGAGGCGUUCACGGAGAACCUGCACGUCAAUUAUUGCCUCUGCGGCGAGUUCAUCCUAGUCGUCGACGCACCCCUAGCAUCCCUACCACGCCGACCAGCCGACUCAUCACAUUGCCUCGUCAACACCGGUCCCUCUAAGCGCGUCUACAAGCUGAACAUCACCGAGACCUCGAAGGACUACAAGCCGCCCGAGGUGCCGAAGCAGACGGAGGAUACAUUGGUGGUGAAUCAGUAUGGCGCGGCGGGCAAGAAUGGGAAUGGGGUGUUGGUGAACCGGGAUGGCGGGUUCGAGUUCCAGCGACGACUGUUCUGCCCUCGGUGUCAACUACAGGUGGGUUACGAGACGGUACCGGGCGAGGGACAGAAGGGAGACGCGACGUUUAUCCUCGCAGGCGCACUAUCCGAUAUCCAGAACAAGGCUCCGGCCGAGGCGUUUGGCGAGCCGACAGUCACGCCGGCGGGGAACUUGGCGGACCAGGGUGCCCGAGAGGCGGUUGCGGCGGCGUGA